UAACUGGAUUGCACAGUUGUACAUAAUACCUGUGUUGCCAACUCCAGUUGUGCACAGUUUUACAUUUUUCUCUCUUUUGCGGUAGCUUUUUCAGUCAAGGAUUGGAGGUCUUUCAUCGCACUUUUUUUGUAGCAAAUGUCCAGUUAAUGCAUAUGGAACAGAAUGUCCUACAAGGAGACCAAAGAAUUUGUGGAGAUCCUUGCCGAACUGGAAUGUCCAGAAAGCAUCCAGGUCGAUUCCUUUCAGUAUCCAAACUUCGUGCUGAUAGCUAAAUUACUACAUUGGCUAAUUCUCAAGUGCGAUGCUGCAUUUCAGCUUCCGCUGGAAAUCGAAGCUGAGCAAGACAGAAUCUUUUUUCUCAAGGCCGGAACUGAUCACAUGGCCGACCGUUACAGCAUAAUUUUGGAUCCAAGAAAGCUGUACAUGGCAGAUGGCCACGCUGUGCGAGAAAUGCUAAAAAUUGCCCGCGUACUGCAUCAAGCGUUGGCAAGCGUGAGCAAUCCAUCCAAAGAUGUGCCCGCUUUUCAUGAGGAUGCUAAAAACAAGGCAAUUGCCAAGAUCAUGGACUUGAAGGCAUUUCGAAAGGAACAAGGCGAUCUUGUCUUGUCCAGCGCAGAAAUGUUUGACCUUCUCCGUAAAGAACCGGAAAAUCACGUUAUGCGUCUUAACGCCUUAAAUCUGAAAAUGGAUCCAUUAAAAGUGGAUGAGAUGUUAGCAAAAUCUGUUAGCGACGCUGAGGAACUAACCAAAGAUUAUUCUGAAAAGUUUGAAAAUAUUGCAUAUGACAAAGCCAAUCUGGAAGCAAAAAUUCGUAAGCGCGAAGAAGAAUUUGAUCGGCUACAAAAACGCUACCAGACGGUGCAGAAUUCCAAACCAGGUUUCCUGGACGAGACGGAUAAAUUGCAAGUGGAACUGAAAAAGCUAUACGAACGUUACUGUGUUCGAUACCGGAACUUGAUAGGAUUGGAGGAUCAAGUGAAAACCAUGGAAGAAGAUCUGGAAAAGAAAAAACAAACAAUUCAGGGAAAGGAUGAAUCGGAAACCCAGCGCAUUGACGAUUUAGGUAUGCUGGGAUUAGACAAUACAGCCAUCGACGACGGCUUCAACGAUGGCUCACCGGAAGACGAACCGGAACCGGAACGACGUCGCAUGCGGGGAUUGGUAGUCCGGGAAAACGCUAUCGACGAAGUCAGUGUACAUUCACGCGAUUCACCAGAUUCGGAGCGAGCCACUAGCGCCAACCAGAUCUCAGUCGCCAACAGAAUCAACGGAAACCCACCCGAACUAAGCGACGAUGAUUUUUAGAACGUCUCUGAUGAUCUUCUCGCAUUUCAUGUAAUUCUUGCCACACUAUGAUAAAUUAGCCGCAGACUUCAGGUUUUAUUCAGUUCAGUAAAA